AUGUCCCGUGUCUUAAACUAUGUUGUCCCGUGUCUUGGAAUUAAUGGAGAACAUUUGCGUGAUUUUUCCUACAAAGUACAGUACAACUCGGUGUUGGUUACUUUGAAAUGUCAAUGUCAAAUGUUUGAGUUUAGAGGACUGCUUUGUAGGCAUAUAUUGGCUGUUUUGAAUAGAAUGAAAGUGAACCAGGUGCCAGCAUAUUAUAUAUUGGACCGUUGGCGUAAAGACUUGAAGAGAGGUUACCAAAUAUUCACCAACAUCUAUGAUUCGGAUGUGUGUGAAAUUGAAAGAAAUCGGUACAACUAUCUAACUCCCAUCAUGUUAGAGGUUCAACAACUUGCAUCCAAAUCCCAAGUUAAUUGUUCUGCUUUAGAUGAAGUGAUGAAAGAUAUGAAAGAAAAGUUCAAGAUAUCUCCAAAUUGUACGACGGAUUCCGAACUAACCAAAAAAGUUAUCCACUCGCCCGUCAAGGUAAGAGCUCGAGGGAGACCACCCACAAAACGGAAACAGUCUUCCAUUGAGAAAGCAAUGAAGAAAUCAGUUCCUAGAAAUAAGGAUACUACCGCAACAAGUAAUCCUUCUCUAAUAUCAACGCAAGAGGAAUGGAAUCAACACUUCACCGCCCAUCCAGUCUCGACUCAACUAUCAUUUACUUCAUUGUUGUCGGGUCAAUUACAUCAUGUAUCUGAUUAUAUGUUUCCCAAAGAUAAUUCAUGUGGGGACAACAUCAGAAGAUAA